CAGUCUGUCUACAUCUGUCUUCUCAGUCGAAUGAAUACGUUACAUUUGCUUUGUUAUAUCUGUUAGGCAUACACAUCUAUACUCAUAGAGUUAUAUAGUUUGACCUGAUUGACAACACCAUGAUGUCCCUGUCCGGAAACUCUGUGUAUCCCCACGAUGUCCUCGCUGUGUGGUUAUGUCUGCUGACAGUAUCCCAGGCGUACGUUAAUGUCGCCCUCAACAAACCAGCGUACCUACAGUACCCAUACGGAGAUUACGACAGAUAUGACGCCAGUAACGCUGUAGACGGACGUAAAUCAGACCUGAGUGGUGUUGGAGAUCAAUGUGCUGUAUCAGAUAGGAGACAAACCGCCACCUGGUGGGUGAACCUGACCACCAUCCACAGCAUCCACCACACCACCAUCUACUUCGUGACGAACAAUCAACCAUUGGGUCCUUCUAAUUGGCGCACUAAGAAUUUCCUUGGAUUCUCGGUGUACGUCUCCAAUACAACAGACAGACUACAGGGAACACUGUGUUACAAGGACGACAACUUUACACUAGACACCAUACCUGCUGUCUUCACCACCACCUGUCCUGUACACGGACAGUACGUCAUCUACUACAACGAGAGACUACCAGGAGUUACCUACCCUAGGGAUUACUCUGACACUGUUUACACUGCCCUCUGUGAAGUGGAGGUGUAUGGAUGUCCUGCUACCGGAUAUUUUGGGUCCAACUGUUCCGUUCCCUGUACAGACGUCAACUGUCAGUACUGUCACAUAGAGACGGGCACCUGUCAGGGCUGUAAACCUGGAUACAAAGGUCACCGAUGUGAAAUCACUUGUGAAAGGGGAACGUAUGCUGCUGGCUGCAAAGAAACAUGUGGACACUGCCGUGACGUAAACCAGUGCUCCAUCAACAAUGGGACUUGCUUAACUGGAUGUGAUGCUGGUUUUAAAGGAGACUUGUGUAAAACGGCUUGUGACAGAGGGUCGUAUGGCUACGACUGCAAAGAAACAUGUGGACAUUGUCGUGAUGUAAACCAGUGCUCCAUCAACAAUGGGACUUGCUUAACUGGGUGUGAUGCUGGUUUUAAAGGAGACGUGUGUAAAACUACUUGUGAAAGGGGAACCUAUGGUGCUGGUUGCAAAGAAACAUGUGGACGCUGUCGUGACGGAAACCAGUGCUCCAUCAACAAUGGGACUUGCUUAACUGGGUGUGAUGCUGGUUUUAAAGAAGACUUGUGUAAAACAGCUUGUGACAGAGGGUCGUAUGGCUACUCCUGCAAAGAAACAUGUGGACAUUGUCGUGACGUAAGCCAGUGUUCCAACGUCAAUGGAUGGUGUCUGACGGGAUGUGACCCUGGUUAUCAAGGAGACUUGUGUAAAACAUCAUGUGACAGAGGGUCGUAUGGUUCUGAAUGCAAUGAAACAUGUGGACAUUGUCGUGACGUAGACCAUUGUUCCAAUAUUAAUGGGACGUGUUCGACAGGAUGUGAUGCUGACUAUCAAGGAGACUUGUGUAAAACUCCUUGCCCCGUUGGAUAUUUUGGAGAAGACUGUUCGGAGACAUGUAUCAACAGUUACACAUGUGAUGGAUGUAACGAUGUCAGUGGUUCAUGUGAUUAUGGCUGCCGUCCUGGCUGGAUAGGAUACUUCUGUCAAAAAAGUAGGAAUCUUACAUACACACAUAUUUUCAUUUAAUUUUGAGAUUGGAAAAAAAGAGUAUCAUCCAUUAUUAUUUUUAACAGAUAGGAAAACAUGAAUUUCAUAGAAGACGAAAAAACUAAGAUUUUUUUUUAUUGUAUUAUUUGUUAUUUUUUUUAUUAAUUUUAUGGGGGGACAAACUUUAAUAGGUUAUUUAUAUUGUUUAAAAAUGCUAAUGGUUAAAUUAAAAACAACUGUACCUAGACGUUAGUGAAUUGAGUACAUCAGAAGCCAAUAAUAUGUUCUUAGGUAAGUGUUUACAUUUUAUUUUAUUUUACAAGGGAGACAAACACAAACAGACUAACAAAUUACAAACGAUACAUUAUUAUAAUCAUAUAACAUUCAAGGAACACACUCUGAAUUUGCGUGAAAAUAAAUAUUUAUCGGGCUAAAAUGUUAUAAUAAAACAAUGCCAGUGUGGUGGAGUUUUUAUUUUUAUGUAUGAUGCAUUACAUGACCUUGAAAUAUUAAGUAGGUGUAUACAUCUGCAGCAGCUUUUUCAAAAAUAUGAAAACGAAUAUUAGACGAAAAAUUCGAAUAACCAUUUAUAAUUUUGAAACUUAUAUGUAUGCGCAUUGCAUGCGCAUUUUUAUGUGCGACAUCGCGUUAUUUUAUGGAGAGUUCUGGUAUGUAUGAAACAACAGGAAAUAAUACACGCGAUGCAUCAUGGGUAAGUGUUGAAACUUUGUCUGUGGAAUAUAUGAACCAAGACCAUUUCGUAUUUAGUUAUAAAGUAAAUGUUUCAUCUCUCAAAUUUAAAAAUCCUACAGAUUUAAUAUGUGUAACUAUUCAGUUGCAAUUAUCUAUUUAACAAACUUAGUCAAUGUUGAAGAAUUAAAUCUGUACCGUGAUUGUUAAACCUUAAGUGUUCCUAAUAAUUUUAAAAUAAUUUUUUUUCUCUUUUACGAAUUUUCAGACGUUUGAAUUGCUGUUCAAAUCUUGAAAACAAUGAUUGUGAUAAUGGUUUGAAAAAAAAAACAACAACAAAAACAAAAACAAAAAAAGUAAAUUAAUUUGAAGAUUAAUAUCUCCUAAAUUCAAGGACAGUAACCAUUGGAACACUCAUUAAAAAAGUUAUUAUAAAAUAUAAGCCCGAUGUUUUAGUUUCUGAAGCAAUAUGCCAUAUAAUUAUUUUCUUCAAAUAAUAAAACAAUAAUUAUAUUUUUUUGAAACAUAUUUUCACUAAUCUUCAAAAUCUUGAGUUUAAAUGUGGCGUGCCCAUUAGUUAAGUUAAACACUUUAACGGUUAACAGACGAAGAGCCAGGUCAUCAUGCUUCGAUGGUGCGGAAUAUAUGUGUUAGAUUAUUUGUAAGAUUAAUAGUUUUUUUUUAAAAUUAUGAUUGUUUUUAAAACACUGUUUGCAUAUAAUAAGGUGGUAUCAUGUAUUACUUCCGUCAUGUUUUGUUUUUCUAUAACUUCAGGUUAUUUCUCCUAUAUAUAAAUAUUUAUAUUUGGAUUUAAUUCAUAAUAGACACCCCCUGCUCAACGGAGUUUAGUUUAAAACAAAAAAGGAAUAAAUGACCUACAUGAGUACCGACAUUCUCUGGAGAGGUUACCUAUCCAAAUAGGACACUGUUGAUUCCCUUAAUAAUAUACUACGCCAUACUAUUCUUGUUGUAUAUCGAUCUAAAACAAGGCUUCACUACGUGAGUCUCAAAUCUCAUCACGGUGUAGAGAUAAGACGGAUUCAAACCUUUCGAUAGCUGAAGCAGACCUGGAUUAGUGGAUCGUCAUUUGCUAUUCCUAUUUGUUCAGCAUAAGACAACCGGUAGUGCAUUUGACUUUUAUCUUUUAUGUGUCUGACAUGACAUGUGGUAAUGAAACUUGUACGUGUCCGUCAUUACCUGUGUUCAAGAAACGUGUACGUGUCCGCCAUUAACCUGUGUUCAAGAAACUUCUACGUGUCUGCCAUUACCUGCGUUCAAAAAACGUCUAUGUUUCCGCCAUUACCUGUGUUCAAGAAACGUCUAUGUGUUAGCAAAUACCUUUGUUCAAGAAACAUGUAUGUGUACGCCAUUACCUUUGUUCAAGAAACUUGUAUGUGUACGCCAAAACCUGUGUUCAAGAAACUUGUACAUGUCCGUCAUUACCUGUGUUAUAGAAACGUGUACGUGUCCACCAUUACAUGCGUUCAAGAAACAUAUACAUGUCUGCCAUUUUCUGUGUUCAAAAAACAUGUACAUGCCUGACAUUACCUGUGUCUGAGAAACUACGUCCGCCGUUUAGGAUGCAUCAUACAAUUUUUGCAUCUGACAUAACUUGUGUAUAGAUACUUAAUGGAAUGAAAAAUUAGUUCUUUUCAAAAACGUUUUACUAUGUUGUAAUUUUAAGUGGAUUACAUUGUACAACGUUUUUUUUUUUUUUUUUUU